UUUAUUAAACUCUUUUGGUUUUUGCUUCAUCUGGGUGAAGUAGUGCGAGAAGUAAAUUUGUCCCAUUUCCAUAUAUUGACAAACAGGAGAAAAUAUUCAGCUGGAAGGUACUCAUCUCAUCGGUGACAACAAAGUGAAAGCAGAAGAGAAAUGGCUUCUAACGCAGCAGCGCCAUUUUGGAGAUCGGCAGGGAUGACUUACAUAACACACUCAAACCUAUGCGCUAACCUGCUCAGAAAUUGCCUCAAAGAGCCUUACAAGUCCGAAGCUUUGAGCCGUGAGAAGGUCCAUUACUCCAUCUCUAAAUUGGUUGAUGCCAAGCCUCAGAAACCAACCAUCCGCUCAGAUUCUCCUGACGAAUGAGAACAAGCCAUCCCCUCAGAUUCUCCUGAAGAAUGAGAACAGGGUUGGAUCUCAGGCAUUAUUUCUUCUCUCAACUGAAUUUUCUACUGUCCUGGAAUUAUGUAUGGUGAGCGUCUGGUGGAGCUUACAUAAAACAUUGAUAUGCAAAUAAUAUAGCAGAUAGAUCUUGAUUUAUACUUGUUGGAUGGAAUGGUGGUGAUGUUUAUUUUUAGAACCUGCUUCUGCUGUCAAGUGACUUAUUUCGAGUUUUCAAAGGAAACUUGUUCAGGCUAUCAUAGUGUAUCUAUUCCAUUCUUCACCUGGUUAAUUUAAAUCAUUCAGCCUUUGAAAACUGUUUGGAACAUAACAGAAAAUAACUGUCUUGGUCAUCUAAGCAAACUUGUGAGUUGCUUCCUAUGUUCCAAGUUAAUAUUAAGGGGUAAGAAGGAACCAGAUGGUUAAGUA